AUGGAUUCCUACAAGAAAUCUAGUAACAAACUGGGCAACAUCAGCGCAAACCUCCCUAAACAGCUUGGGGGAAAGCCAAAUCAAGAAAAGAAACCAAGAAGAGGAAAAAACAAUGUGAGCCAGGAACCAGUCCUGUUAGAGGAAGACUAUUCCGACAUGAUGGCACCAAAACCCAUGAGGUAAACCGAAUAUUACCAAAAUGACGAGCCCUUCUAUGUAGUAUUCAUUCAUCACUAUGCAAACGCAACAACAUGCAUUGGUUGCACAAAUGAGUUCCCCAAGCGAGUACAGAUAGCACCCUACAACAUUGCCAUACUUCGCAAAGAGCGUUACUGGUACCUAAAAAAAUGAUCAAGGGAAUGUUGAAAUGGUACCAACCCAUAAAAAAGAAGGCCAAGAGGUUUUACUGCGUACAUAAAGAGUGUAUUCUUCGAAGGCACCCUUAGUUCUGGAGAGGUUUGGUAACUGUCUCUACUAAUGUCCAGGGGCGCUUGAAAGAGAGCCACAAGGAUCUAUAUGCAAUGCUAAAGUUUAGAUAACAAGAGGAUAAUGCACAAAGCAAACUCAACUAAAGGAGGAGUAAGAUUUCAACUGGUCUUAUUGCUACUCAUAUGAUGCCACCUAUGAACGAUAGAAAAACCAAUUGUGAGCGUCCAUCUGGCACAGCUCGAUGUUAUUGUGCAUCAUUUUUCGGUUACUGCGCCUCUGAAGUGUCAUUCCUAGCAAAAUUGCCAGGGGCAUAGCCAGCCCAUACUGAGAUCUGUAGGCCCAAGCCUAAAACUUUUUGGUUUGAUCACUCUACCGCUUGUAAUAAAUUAUGCAUUGCUGGAGUGAGCUUAAAAGGUUAAGUCUAUUGGUGAGGUCAGUGUGUAUUAGCAGUGCGUGCAAUUUUCAGGAUAUCUAUGUUAAAUGAAAGUCAGCCAGGCCUACAACUGGUCGAAAAGCUGGCUACACCCUUGACUGCUUGCUGAUCGUGGUAGUGAGCUUUCUUUGUAUGUCUGAUCCACAAUAUUUGUCCUGUAUCCUUUCGUUUCUCUAUUAAGGUUUUGCUCAAAUAAAUUUUCAAGAAUGCAAACGGCUGUCUCCUAUAGGUUUUGCCGCACGGAUUAAAGAGGGCCCAAAAUCCAACUUGCAAUGACAUUGAACCUAUUAAUGAUUCGGAGAUGGACGCUCUACAGCUUCAUAGGCUCCUCGUUAGGCCCUGUUCCUUAUUCCCAGUAAAUUUUCACAACAACAACAGCAACAAAAGUACGUUUCAUAUUAGCUUGCGAUAUUUGGUGGUGAGGUGAGGCACGAAUAUUUGUAUUCCCUACUAGGUUAUUUAGUUUCUUUUCAUGAUUUAUUUCAGUACCGUGCAGUACACGAAAAAUUACUCGCAUAAUAAGAUGAUUAUCGAAAUAGUGAAUGCUGCUGAUAGAAUCAAGGGAAUAAUCUAUCCACAAAAAAGUAACUGGUUUGAUAAAAAUAACAUCCUACUAUACGUAUACUUACUUUUUUUUUACUUCAGACAACAUUGAUUCGGGGGGUGACGGGAUUUACGGCGUUUAAAAAGAAUGAAAUAAUAAAUGAAUUAAAUGUUUGUAAAAAGCACCCGUUUUAAACAAGUGUGUCAACUACUUUUGUCCCUCAUGUAGCUUCGCAAAAUAGUAAUAAUUUCUUGCAAAAUUACAACAUUUUGAAAUGACUUUUAAAUACGACUCAUUAAUAACGGUUUUGGACUGAUUAGUGUUCAACUCGGUCUGUAAUGAUACGAGUGAUUACUGAAAUGGACGACACAAAGUCCUGGUAUCAAUUAAUCAUAACCAUUGCAAUUUCCGAGGAAAUAAAUACAUCCUUUUUUGGUGGAAGAGCUUUUAAUAACAAUCAUCCAAAAUAAGGGAAACUUUCCCCAAUUUCUCUCUCAGAGACAGUCUAAUGUUACAAAUUCGUCCAAUUUGGAGAAUCCCCAGUUUACUAGGUUAAGCGGUUGUUGCUAUGCUUAUUGAGAUAACUUCUGUGAUUGGUGGAUUUUUGCCAAGUGCAGUUAAUAAUGAGUUUUAGAAAUAAAAGAGAAGCCUCCAGAGUCGUCAGGAAUUGAUCAGUAGUUUUAUGUUUACACUUAUUUCCAUGGCAAGAAAACAAAUUUAAAGGACGACAAAAGAGAGAAAGAGAAGUGAAAAAUGCAGAAGCAGAGCAAACUCCCCAAAACAGAACAGGAAUAUUCACACAACACCAGCUCUUUGGCCUUGAACUAGAAUUUGAACUAAAAGAAAUUGUGUCAAGUAAUGAAAUUUCCGAUAUUUCUCAAAGACUGCAACUUAGUGAACCCCAAGUUAGACCUUCGUUUUAACACAGACGAGCAAAAUGGAGGAGAAAAGGAAUGCUACGCAGACCUGAUGCUCACUGCAAAAGGAAACUUUACGCUUAAAAGCUUGUUAACUGGAUUUAUAGCCAUUGACAUUUUUAUGGUUGGUGGCUUCUAG